AUGGCAUCCAACCCUCCCGGACAAUGCUGCACCGUCGGUGUCAAGCACGAAGGCACUCCUCAGGGCAAGAAGAUCACCGUCGCCGGCAAGUAUGAGGGCUACCUCGCCGAGGCUCCUGCCGACAAGGCACACAAGAACACCGGUCUUCUCUACGUUGCCGACGUCUUUGGCAUCUGGAACAACUCCCAGCUGCUUGCCGAUCAGUUCGCUGCUAAUGGCUACACCACCUUGAUCGUUGACCUCUUCAACAAGGACCAGCUUUCUGUCCCCAUGCCUGCUGGCUUCGACGUUAUGAAGUGGAUCGCCGAGGGCAGCGAUGGCAAGAACCCCCAUAACAAGGAGGCCAUCGACCCCAUCAUUGUCGAUUCCCUCAAGUACAUGCAGACCGAGCUCGGUCUCACCAACAUCGGUGGUCUCGGCUACUGCUUUGGCGCCAAGUACGUUGUCCGCCACUACAAGGACGGCAUCAAGGUCGGCUUCGUGGCACACCCUAGCUUCGUCGACGAGGAUGAGCUCGCCGCCAUCACCGGCCCCUUCUCCAUCGCCGCCGCCGAAACGGACAGCAUCUUCCCCGCCGAAAAGCGUCACAAGUCCGAGGAGAUUCUGCAAAAGACCGGCCUGGCAUACCAGAUCAACUUGUACUCUGGCGUCGAGCACGGCUUUGCUGUCCGCUGCGACGUGAGCAAGAAGGUUCAAAAGUAUGCAAAGGAGCAAGCCUUUUACCAAGCUGUCGCUUGGUUCGAUGAGCACCUUUUGUGA